AUGCUCAAGGCAGCGCAGCCACUACUGCCGCACUUACAUCGCCUUCCAACCCCCCUGCUCACCCUCCCUCCAACUCUGCUGCUGCACCUGGGAUCGACCACCUCCCCCUCGCCCCUCUCCCUCCUGCGUGACCCGCUCGCACAUCCUCUACACCUCCCUCUCAUCGCACUCGGAAUCUGCAUCCCCGUGACCUACCUCCUCGGACAUCUCACCAACAAGGUAUCAUGGGUCGACAAGCCCUGGCCAUUCUACCCGCCCUUCUUCGCCUCGCUCCUCUUCGCAUGGGUUGCCUUGAACCCCCAGGCGGGUGUUUACGGGCACAACCUCCCGCGCCUGGUGCUCAUGUUCACCAUGCAAAUGGUCUGGUGUAUCCGUCUCUCGUCGCAUGCUCUUCGGCGCGGCUUUUUUGAGCUGCACGAGGAGGACUACCGGUAUACAGUCGUGCGUCGGCUUGCGCCAUGGCCAGUCUGGGCAGCUAUCCACCUCUUCGCUGUUGCGAUCUUCCAGCCGGCCCUCCUCCUCGCGCUCACUCUACCCAUGCACGCCGUCCUCGUCCUCCCUCCGGCGGAACUCUCAUCCGGACCACUCAACCUCUCCAUCCCCUUCAGCUGGGUCAAACCCCUCCUCCCCUCCUCCUUCCACUCCGCGGCGGACUCUACUCCCGUCCUCAACGCCGGCGACCUCUUCGUCACCCUCUUCGCCCUCGCUAUGGUCUACCUCGAGUAUCGUGCGGACAAUGACCACUUUGCGUUCCAGCAGGCCAAGCACGACGCGCCCAAAUCGGUCAAGGUGAUCAAGCCGAGACAUACCAAUCCCCCCAACUACCCUCCGGCAGGAGAGUAUCCGGAAUCUCACCACCCUGGCUUCAUCACGAGCGGGAUGUGGCGGUGGUCGAGACAUCCCAACUUUGCGGGGGAGCAGCUGUUCUGGGUCAGCCAGGCGCUGUUUGUGGCGGUGGCGGCGGAGACGAGCAAGGUGACGAGGAGCCGAUGGGUCGGAGGGGAUGUGUGGGGGCCACCGUUAGCUCUGAGUUUGCUCUUUUGUGGAAGUACCCUUCUGACCGAGUGGAUCACACAGCAAAAGUACCCGCUCUACAAGGAGUACAAGAACCUGGUCGGACAGUUCCUUCCGCAAGAGACGGUGCUCGUCUAUCUCUGGGGCACGAUCCGAGGGACGCGCAAGGCAUCGAAUGAGAAAAUUUACAAACCUUUGAAGGCGGCAGGGGCGGAAUAUGGGUCGACCGGGACUACCGCACCGCGGAGCUGA